AUGGCGGCAGAGAAGGGACAUAGACAAGUGGUGAAGCUACUUUUGAGGAAAGGAGCCGACGCAUCUCUGUUGGACCAUGAUGGUAACAACAUCUUUCACUUGGCCUGUCGUGGUGGACAUGUUAGGACGGUGCAGCUGGUGUUGUCUCUGAUCGUGGCGGACGUCAACAGUAGAGGAUGGUGGAGCAGGACACUGAUGAUGUUGGCAGCUUGGUAUAAACACAGAGAUGUGGUGGAGCUCCUUGUGAGGGGAAGGGUCGAUGUGUCACUUGUGGACGAUGGCGGUAACAGUCUUCUUUACUUCGCCUGUCGGGGAUGA